AUGGACUUCAAGAGUUUCCUGGCACUGGAUUUCUUUCUUAACAACAGCAUGCUUUUAACUACCUUCAUGAGCACCAACUUUAUUAUUAACAUUCCAAAGUGUGUUUCAUCCUCAAAGUUUUCUCCAACCACCAUCAGAUUAGCAGUUGCUCAUGUUCCUGACUCCACCACAUUGCCAGGGGUGACAGAUACUGAAGAGAUUGAAAAUCUCCGCAAAAAACCCCAGGCUACAACAUAUUUUGCUGAUGAGUUCAAGAGCAUCUCAUGCAGAGUAGCCAGGGAUCUUCUGGUCAUGGACAUGGACGACAGCCAAUACGAGCUGAUCACAGUCAUAGGCUAUCAGGUGGGAACAGAGACUUGCCGCCAGACUAAAAGCCCCUUCUGCAAUCAAGUCCUUAAGCCAUCCACAUUUUACAGGGUUAAUUACUUUUUUUUGGAUGACAAGGCUGCAAUAAGAGCUCAUACAGACUGGUCACCAGCAAUACAUACCGGAAAUGUGACCAAUUACGAAUCAGCUGAUGUGAUGUUUGAAGGGCGAGCUGGCGGAAUGAUAGUGAUUACCAUUCUGGUCUCAGUUGGUGGGGCUGUCCUAGUGAUUGCAUUAAUUGUAGCAGUUGCUCUUUCAAAUAAGAAAUAG